UUAUCCGUCGUCCGAACGUCUCUCUCCUCGGUUUCCCCUUCCAGUAUCCGGGCGAGGGCGACUGGAGCCUCGGGGGCCAGCCCGGAGUGAGGCUGGGUUUGCGGGGUCCCUCUGUUGACGCCGUAGAGGGUGAUGGUCAGCGUUUUAGAGGGAACCCCGAAGGCUGCGGGAGCGGGACGCUCCCAGGCUCCUCUCUGAGCAUCUUCUCUCCUGAUACAGGGAGGCACCAGGCGGCGAGAUGUCCUGGGCCGGCCUUCUGCGUGGCCUCGCCACGUCCCUCCGUCGUGGCCUUGCCCCAGCUCCCCAGCUGUGGGCCACCCGUUCCAUGGCCACCCUGAACCAGAUGCACCGCCUAGGCCGCCGGAAGUACUCCCCUAAGUCUCUGGGCCCCACAGAGGGGCGGCCCCAGCUGAAGGGCGUGGUGUUACAGACAUUCAUCAGAAAGCCAAAGAAGCCCAACUCCGCCAACCGCAAGUGCUGCCGAGUGCGCCUCAGCACUGGCCGAGAAGCCGUGUGCUUCAUCCCAGGGGAAGGCCACACCCUGCAGGAGCACCACGUGGUCCUUGUGGAGGGCGGCCGCACCCAGGACCUGCCGGGGGUCAAGCUCAAAGUUGUGAGGGGUAAGCAUGACUGCGGCCAUGUGCAAAAGAAGAAGUGACCGUGGUUCACAGCUGCCAGUUGCUGGACCCGUGGGAACCAGUCCUUCCUGCUCCAGGGGCGGCUAGUGCCGGGCUCAUCAAGAGUUCUGGAGGUGCGCUGAAGGAAGCACCCUGCUGCACCCCGCUGCCCGCUCCUGUGGCUUCCGUGUUCGGUGUCACAGGUUGGACCUCAUGCUGGGAUGGGGUGUUGUAAUAAACCUGCAGGUCGUGAUGUCA